UUCCGGGAACGCAAACACAUAUUAUCGUCGUUUCUUUAACCUUCUUCCCUCGACCGACCUAUAUGUACGAGAGCCGUCGCCGCCAAAUCAAAAUAUCUCAUCGCUAACCCUCAGAGCAGCAAAACUCUGAUAGAGAGAGAUGUCAGGCUUAGCAUGUAACUCGUGUAACAAGGACUUCGAAGACGACUCUGACCAGAAGCUCCACUACAAGUCCGAGUGGCACCGUUACAAUCUCAAACGCAAGAUCGCUGGUGUUCCUGGAGUGACAGAAGCUUUGUUUGAAGCCAGACAAGCUGCUAUCGCUCAGGCGAAGGUCAAAUCAAACGAAGCACCUCUGCUUUACACCUGUGGAGUCUGUAAUAAAUCUUACAGGAGCUCCAAAGCUCACGAGCAGCAUCUCAAGUCAAAGAGCCACGUUCUCAAGGUGGCUUCUUCAAGCAACGGAGAGGAGGAUAAAGCCAUCAUUAAGCAGCUUCCUCCUCCUCCUCCUCGCCGUGUUGAGAAGAAGGUCAAUCCUCAGCUAAAGGGUUUGAUCGAGGAAGAAGAGAGUGAAGAGAGUGAGGAUGAGUGGGUUGAGGUUGAUUCUGACGAGGAUUUAGAGGGUGAAGAAGAAGAUAUGGAUGAGGAUGAGGAGGAUGGGUCUGGUGAAGAAGAUAUGGAUGAGGAUGAUGAGGAUAACGAGUUUGAGUUGGAUCCGAGUUGUUGUUUGAUGUGUGAUAAGAAGCAUAAGACGAUAGAGAAGUGCAUGGUUCAUAUGCAUAAGUUCCAUGGGUUCUUCAUUCCUGAUAUCGAGUACCUCAAGGAUCCUAAAGGGUUUCUAACCUACGUUGGUCUGAAGGUGAAGAGGGACUUCAUUUGUCUGUACUGCAAUGAACUGUGCCAUCCUUUCAGCAGUUUGGAAGCUGUUCGGAAGCAUAUGGAAGCCAAGAGUCACUGCAAAGUGCAUUACGGUGAUGGUGGUGACGAAGAAGAUGCAGAGCUAGAAGAGUUCUAUGACUACAGCAGCAGUUACGCUAAUGAAGGCAGCGAGAACCAGAUGGUUGUAGCUGGGGAAACAGUGAAUACAGUAGAGCUUUUUGGUGGGUCUGAGCUUGUGAUUACCAAGAGAGGGGAGAACAAAGUAACGUCCAGGACUCUUGGGUCUCGAGAGUUCAUGCGUUACUACAAGCAGAAGCCACCCCCAUCUUCUCAGAAACACGUCGUCAACUCUCUAGCCAUGAGGUACAAGAGCAUGGGUUUGGCAACGGUGCAGUCGAAGGAGGAUAUAGUGAGGAUGAAGGUGAUGAGAGAGAUGAACAAGAGAGGAGCUAGGAGUCGUGUUAAGCUGGGAAUGAAGAGCAACGUUAUCAGAAACUUGCCCAACAACGUCACCUACUAGUCUGUCUCUCCAAAACUAGUGUGCUGUUUGAUUCUGUAACGCUUCUUUAUGAAACUUGUGUUAGUGAGUGAAGUCUAGAACCUAUAUGAGAGAUAAGCUUUUUAUACUUUCGAAGGUGUCUUAAUGCCGAUUUUGUCCGAGUUUGUGUUCUCUAUUGUCUUAUUUUUCGACAACAUUUUCUUUUCUUUUUCUAUCUGUUCAGUAA